AUGCAAAAUUAUUAAAUAUUAGAGAAGUUGUAUGAAUCUAAGACGACUGUAAUUCAUAAGGUUAGAGAUAUCAAGGAUUAUAAUAUUUAUGCAAUGAAAGAAUUUAUGGGUUUGCGUAAUUAAGGUACUUAAGUCGUUUUCCUUAGGUUUAAGUGAAAUCUAAUUAAUCAAACAAUGUUAAAUUCCUUUUAUUAUUAAAAUAAAGGAGGCUUUUCUUUUAGAUGAAAAUGUAAUCUUAAUUAUGGAAUAUGCAGAUCAAGGAAAUCUAAAACAAUUCAUAGAACAUCAUUAAGGUGUUAAGAUUCAAGAGAGAGUAAUUUGUAAAAUUCUAAUUCAACUGACCUUGGUUUUAAUAUACCUCAGAGAAAAUCAAAUAUGUUACAAGGGAUUAAAUCCUGAAAAUAUUUUGAUUCAUUAAGACUAAGUUAGACUUGCGGAUUUUGGAAUAGACAAUUUGAUUUAACAUUAAAAACCAAGUUAUAGGCCUCCAGAAUUAUUGUUUCACAAUAAGUUUUCAUACAAAUCAAUUAUGUAUUAAUUGGGGCUGAUCUUAUAUGAGUUGACUACAUAGAGACCGCUAUUUAAAUUUGAACUAAUUGAAUAAAUAAAGGCUGUGAUCCAUAAUGGAGGAGCGUAAUUGUAAUUAUCAUAUAAGAAUUGUAAAAUUACCGUAGUUUUAUUCAAAAUAACUUCGAUUUAUUAUUAAAAACUGUCUUGAACUUCAAGAAUCCGAUCGACUUGAUAUCCGUCAAUUGGUUCAUAAUGAUAAUUUUAAAUUUCUAAUCAGCCAAAAAUACAUGACAUUUACAUUUGAAUAAUAAAGUACCUUUGACCUAUGGUGUAAUAUUUAAUCAUCAAAUUAAUAAUUAAUUAGUAUUGAUACUCCAAAAAAUGAGACUGAAAAUAAAGAACGAUAAUCCAAUUAUACUGCACACACAUAAGAGAUAAAAUAAGUCCAUCAAUCAAUAAUUUUAGAAAAAAAGGUUUAUGAUAAAAAAUCAACAUACAAAUCGAAUCUUCAAAGAUAAUAAGAUGAAAUAAUGAGUCUAAGACCUUUGUCCUCAUAAACCAAGUUGUCUUAAUCAAAUCCUGCAUUAAAAAUAAACAAUUUUUUUGUUAAGGACAAUUUAGCUGUUUAUAGGAAUAGGAAAGUAAAAUCUCCUAUUCAUAAAGGAUUCUAAAGUGAUUAAAUGUUUAAAGCGAGUAAUUUAGAUACAGAACAUAAACCAUAAGAUAUUAUUAAUAAUCUUAUUAAGAUGAAGAUGGAAUAGUGUAUUGAAACAAUUGGAGAAAAAGAAACUGAACAAAUAUUGGAUUUUCUAAGAUAAGGAGGAUCUAUAAAAGAGUUUCUUUCUAAAAAUCAAGACUCAAAACAUCUAUGCAUAGCAAAACAUAUGUUAGACAUUAUUUCAUAUUCUUAAAUAUGA